AUGGCCUCUUCGCUGUCCCCAAAUAGGCCCUUGGUCGGGUUGAAAACGAGGAGGUCGCAACUUGAACCGGUGACUCGCUCUCACAAGUACAACGACCGUGACCACGCCGGCUUGGCCGACGGCACUGCUUCUCCCCAGGAGCACCUGCCUCGCUAUUUCGCCAAGCAUGGACACGAGGGUGUCGACCCCAAGAAGGUCAAGAAGAACGGCGGCGGCCGAAGUAACUGGGGCAAUGCUGGUGAGGAGGUCGUCGACGAGGACUUCCGUUUCACCAACGCUCGUCGCCGCACCAACAGCAGCGGCUACGCCGACAACUUGAAUGCCUUCAAGACCAAGUUCGACGUCAACGAACCUGAGCCUGUCUUCGAGGAGUCUAUCCAUGGCCCGUCCGAGGAGGACGGCGAGGAGCUGACUAAGACCGAGACCUCCGAGAGCGGUGGUUCCUCCUACGGUGACGACAGAGUCACUAAGCAUUAA